AACCUACGCGCAUGAUCGAUACAUUGUUGUACAAAGUUGGCUAGAAGACAUGAGCUGCAAAACACUAACGGUUCCAGCUCGUAUACUCCGUCAUUUUUUCCACAAACCUCGUGGAGUUGUUCACCUGGAUCCAAUGCGGAUGUACUAUGGGUCCCGGCAGGUGGUCCCGGGAUCAGCCGUCCGCACCGUUGACCUCCGCAGUGACACGGUCACCAAACCCGGAGCAGGCAUGCGCCGAGCCAUGGCCGAGGCAGAGGUCGGAGACAAUGUGUUCGGAGAAGACCCCACGGUUAAUGAACUACAAAAGUUUGCUGCUGAUAUGUUUGGCAUGGAAGCAGCUUUGUAUGUCCCCACAGGAACGAUGAGUAACCUGAUUGCAGUUAUGGUGCACUGCAGAGAGAGGGGGGAUGAGAUGAUAGUAGGUGAUCUCUCUCAUAUUCACGUUUAUGAGCAAGGGGGAAGUGCACAGGUGGCAGGCGUCCAUUCUGUAACAGUCACUACUCUUGCCGAUGGCACCUUUGACAUCAACCAGUUGAUUUCCAAGAUCCGUCACGGUUACCCUAACCAACACUACCCACGCUCCCGCCUGGUUUGUGUGGAAAACACGCACAAUGUUCAGGGAGGCCGCGUCCUCCCACUAUCCUUCCUGCAGGAGCUUCGGUCUGUGGCUGAUGAGUUUGGUUUGGCUGUGCAUAUGGAUGGAGCGAGGGUGAUGCAUGCAGCCGUGGCUCUGGGCGUCCAACCCGCUGAUAUACUGCAGCACUGCCACUCUGUCAGUGUGUGUCUGUCCAAGGGACUCGGGGCACCUGUGGGCACCAUGCUAGGUGGGUCAAAAGAUUUCAUACAGAGGGCAGUACGUGCCUGCCAGGCACUUGGCGGUGGGAUGCGUCAGUUGGGUGUCUUGGCAGCUGCUGGUAAGAUUGCCCUGUCAGACAUGAUUGGCAGACUGGAGGAAGACCACAGGAAAGCCAGAAGCUUUGCUCAAGCAUUGUUAGAGUGUGACCCUCCUCUGUACCAGUUGGAUCUGAACACUGUGGAAACCAACAUUUUGAGGUUCCAUCUGCGGGACACCCAGAUGAGCCCGGUGGAGUUCUGCAAGCGGAUGGCAGGCGUAGAUGAAGAAGAGGUGGAGGCUCUGGGCCAGGGGGUCAAGGUUCUGAUGUUCCCCCAUCUCGGGGGAGCAGUCAGGGCUGUGUGGCAUCUGGGCAUCAGCGAGGAAGACACUCAGCUGGCUAUACUGAAGGCUCAGUUUGUGGCCCAACAGCACAAACUUAAGUCGAGCAGGGCAUCUUGAUAAGAGCUUUUGACCAAUCAGAGGUGUCUUCACACCAGUCUUUUGGUCCCAGGAACCUUUUUAAAAAAAGGUAAAACUGCAAAAUGACUUAACUGUAUUCACUACUGAAGGAUCUGAUUUACAUUCAUCAUAUAUUUUUGUUUUACUUUACUUUCUUCAUUUUAAGUUCAUUUAUUCUUCAGUCGUUCAUUUAUAGUCAUUUUAUUAUUCCAUUAAAUCAAAUCAUAUAAUCAUUAUAGACAUUAUAUAUUAAUUUAGUUGAUUUGUUUGUUAUAUAUUGUCGUAUAUUAUUGCUUUUGAUAUUAUUUUUCCAUUUUGGUGCAUUUUUAUGACUGUAUUUUUCAGGCGCUGUUUGUCUUUAUUAAUAAGAGAUAAGAGGGAAUAUUUAUGGAAAUUCAAGGUUUAUGGUAUGUUGUUGUGAAGCUGUUUGGUAUAACACUACUUGUUGUGAUUUAGGAGCAUUGAAAAAGAAUAUUCAAUAAACUCUGCUACUUUUUAAUCAUCAUCA